UGGCUGUUUUGACGUUUGUCGAAAACCUCUGAAGCGUAUUUUCUUUAGUGGAAAUUAGAUUUUGGAUGUACGUUUGUGUUGUAGUAUAAUUAUUUCGUUGAUAAUCGUUAUCAGGCAUUAUAUUCAAAUAUUUUAGUACACUCAAGUGUAAUUCCAUCUGGCCACGUCUCCUAGAAAAUUUUGUUAGUCACAGGCCUCCCUUGUUGCAACAUCCAUAAUCUUCUAGAAGGAAUUUUACUGUGCCUUAAAACAAAAUGCCUAUCAAAACUCGGGAGCUCAUGGAUGCAGUAACAGUUCUUACGGACCAAGAGAAUAUGCGCGUUGCGAUGAAAUGCAGCGCAAAAGGGGCUGCAGUUUGUGGCGCUGGUAGCUUUGUCGGAGGAAUUCUGGGUGGACCAGUUGGAUUAGCCAUUGGUGGCACACUCGGAGCUGUGAGUGCGGCUUACAUGAACAGAGGCAAAUUCCGUCCAGUUAGCGAUAUCAUACGAUACGAUAUGAGCGAACGACAACGUGAAAUGCUCAAAGAGCUAAUCAUAGAUGCACUGUCUGAAUUUCAUCCCACCGACCUGAUAGUGUUACUUCCGUUACUGAUGAAUAAUAACGCCGCACAACGUUCUGUCCUCAAUACGGUUGUGUCGUUUGUGACAAACGAAUUGAAAAUGCACAUAGAAUGAUUUAAAGUCUCUAGGAGAAAGUUUCAUAAGCACCGGUGCGUUUUGCAGAACUCCUACAAGUGUGUAAAAUGAACUCAUUAGCAUAUAAGUUUUGUAACGAAAUAGGGCAUGCUAACAAAUAAACAUUGCGUUUUCCUAGUA